CCCCACCCCCCUCCUCCUCUCGCCUCUCCCCUCACCACGCCGCCCGCCGCCCGCCGCCGCCGGCGACCGACGGAGACACCCGCGGGGAGAGACCCGUCCGCCGCAGCGGCCCUCCCGAGGCAUUUCCCGCCUCGCUCUCUUCGCUCGAGACGAUGGUGGAACUGACGAGAUAGUCAAGCAUGGACGCAAUGGAGGUCGAGGAGGGCCCUCUCCUGGCUAUUGAUGCCAAGUUACAUGCUGGAAUGUGCAGAGCAUUUCAUCCUGCGGUUUCUAAACUUUUAGCGAUUUUCCCGUUCAUCGAAGCAUCAAGGCCCAGAAGCAAGUCUGGCAUACAGGCACUGUGUUCGCUGCAUGUUGCUCUGGAUAAAUCCAAAGGUCUUCUUCAACAUUGCGCAGAUUGCAGCAGGCUCUACUUGGCCAUCACUGCAGAAACUGUGCAUUUGAAGUUUGAGAAAUCAAGAAGCCAACUUCAGGAAAGUCUUCGGCGUGUCGAAAGCAUAGUAACCGAAGAUAUUGGCCAUAAGAUUGUAGAGAUCAUUGGUGAGUUGGAGGAGGUUGUAUUUACAUUGGAUCAAUCAGAGAAGGAAGCUGGUGAUGAGGUGAUCAAUUUGCUCCAGAGAAACAGUAAAAUGAACAGUUCCAGCGAUAGUGGGGAGCUUGAGGUCUUUCAUAUGGCUGCUCUGAAGCUGGGAAUUACUUCUUCCAGGGCAGCAUUGACUGAGAGAAGAGCCCUCAAGAAGCUAAUUGAAAAGGCUCGUUCUGGAGAUGAUAAGCGGAAGGAGUUUGUUGUGUCCUACCUAUACAAUCUCAUGAGGAAAUACUCGAAAUUUUUCAGAAGUGAAGCAGGCGAUGAUACCGAUUCUCAAGGAUCAGCCCCAUGUUCACCUACAGUAUUAGGCAUGGAUGACAUGUAUGGCCCCUGCGGAAACAGCCGAGCAUUCAGUAGACAGCUUUCGAGCAUUCAAUCAUUUAAUUCGAGGUUUGGGUCUUUCAAUUCGAGGCUUGGAUCAUUCAAUUGUAGGCCUAGUGGUCCAAGGUCCGAAAACAUGUCGAUCCCUCCCGAGGAACUCAGAUGUCCCAUUUCCUUGCAGCUGAUGUAUGACCCGGUUAUUGUUUCGUCUGGUCAGACUUAUGAGCGUGUUUGCAUUGAAAAAUGGUUUAAUGAUGGUCACAGCACAUGUCCCAAGACUCAGCAACAACUGGCCCACUUGUCUUUGACUCCAAACUACUGUGUUAAGGCCAUGAUUUCCAGCUGGUGCGAGCAGAAUGAUUUUCCAGUUCCAGAUGGUCCACCGGGAUCCUUUGAUGUAAAUUGGAGGCUUGCUUUAUCUGACUCCCAGGCAACGGGCUGUGUGUCUGUCGAUAGUUUUGACACUAGCAACAUCAAGGGUGUCAAGGUGGUUCCCCUGGAGAACGAGAGAAAGGAAGAACCGAUGAACAGCGAAUCAGGCACAUUGGAUGAUAGCUCUUGUUUUGAGUUUGAUAUGAAUGAGGGGUAUCGGAACUUGCUGCUGGUGCUUAAUGAAAGAAACAACAUACUGAGCCAGUGCAGAUUGGUUGAGCAGAUAAGAUAUCUGCUGAAAGAUGAUGAGGAAGCAAGGAUCCAGAUGGGCUCAAAUGGGUUCGCUGAGGCCCUAGUUCAGUUCUUAAGGUAUUCUGUGGAAGAAGGAAAUGAGAAGGCACAAGAAGUUGGUGCCAUGGCUCUUUUUAACCUUGCAGUCAAUAAUAAUAGAAACAAGGGACUUCUGUUGUCUGCUGGGAUAGUCGAACUACUUGAGCAGAUGACAUCGAAUCCACGCCUAGCUGCUGCAGCCACGGCGCUCUACCUUAACCUUUCCUGCCUCACCGACGCGAAGAGCGUCAUCGCUUCCACCCAGGCUGUGCCAUUCCUAGUGGACCGUCUGUACAACCACGACGCCUGCGACCCGAAAGCCAGCUCCUGCAAGCAUGAUGCUCUCUACACGCUGUACAACCUCUCCACCCACCAGGCCAGCAUCCCGUCGCUCCUGUCGGCCGGCAUCGUGGACGCGCUCCACACGCUCCUGACGGACUCUUCGGUGUCCGAGGGCAUCGGGUGGACGGAGAAGGCCCUGGCGGUGGCCAUCAGCCUGGCGGCGACCCAGGCCGGCAGGAAGGAGAUCAUGUCCACCCCGGGGCUGGUGAGCACGCUGGCGAUGCUGCUGGACACGGGGGAGCCGACGGAGCAGGAGCAGGCGGUGUCGUGCCUACUGGCGAUGUGCGCGGCGGACGACAAGUGCAUCGCGCCGGUGCUGCAGGAGGGCGUGGUGCCGUCGCUGGUCUCCAUCUCGGCGACCGGCACGGGGCGGGGCCGGGAGAAGGCCCAGAAGCUGCUGAAGCUGUUCCGGGAGCAGCGGCAACGGGACGGCGGGGGGCAGCAAGCCGCGUCGCAGCAGCAGGCACCGCCGCAGCAGGCCGCGCCGGAGGGCGGGAACGGCGGCGGGGUGAUGGUGUGCCACCGGGAGUCGAAGCCGCUGUGCAAGUCCAAGUCGAGGAAGCUGGGGCGGACGCUGAGCUCGCUGUGGAAGAACCGGGGCUUCUCCCUCUACCAGUGCUAGCCUCUAGCAGGCAGGGUUUUGGGGCCUGGUUCAUCAUCAUCAGUAGGAUCUGUACAUCUCCUCUUCCUUGUUCCUUUUUUCCUUGGGUCGUCUUCCGCUUUGGCGCCGUGGCUGCUUCUUCCUUCCUUUGGGUUUGGGUUAAGUAAGUUGAAAGAGACUACUGCUUCUUCCCCCCCUGCUCGGUGGGGUGAUGUAGGGCAUUUUCCCCCUCUUUGCCGCCUUCUCAUGACACUGUACAAUGUAUAUAUAGCCUGCCUUGUUACGAGA